UUUGAAAUAAUCAAAAGUAAAUUACUAACAAUGAAGGAAACAAGUGUAAAUUGUUUGCAUAUACUUUGAGACAAUAGUUGGAUGUAUGGCCGGUCAAUGUAUAACUGAUAUGAUUCAUUUUGGUAUUUCCUCAUUUUGCCUAAUAGGUUUCAAUAUGGAUGGAAAAUAAGUGUAUAUGAAAAAAUUUAGUUUCAAUCAAUGCAGUUAAUUUUGAUCAGUUGCACAGUGGAAGUUCCUUAUUUUGGCUUGAGUAGCUCAAGAUGCAAUUUAUUAUUAAACUCAGGGAAAGUACCGAUUAGCAAUUCAAUCAAAUUUGGGGCUAUAAAAACCUAAAGCAUGCUGCCCUCCUAGCCAUUGUGCCUCCAAGUUUGGUCAUAAAAUGCAGAAAGCUGUUAUUUGUGAAUUUAAACAAUUAGGACAAUUUUUGCACCUUCAGCCUUUUCUCCGAUGCAUUAAAUUCUGAAAAAGAACCAAUCUGAACAAAUAAUCUGAUUAUGUCAAUAAAUUUUGAUGAAAAUUACUGUUGAAUUAGGCGAUAUAAUUGUUUACUUGUCUGUGUCAGAAGAAAAUCAAUCCAUUUUACAUAUAUUAAAUGCUCUCUUGAUUGAUAAUUUUGGUCAUUAUUUAGUUUGAGACGAUUGCAAAGUAGACCUAAUGAAUGCUAUUGAAUGCUAUUAAGUUCAGGAGCUUCUAGGAGAUUCAAAUAAGAAUAAAAAGGACAUGAGCACAACUAGGCUAAUGCCAGAUACUGAUAAAUUUUAUAUGAAGAAAUUGAUUUCAGAAUCAGGGUCAUGUUAACUGCAUUAACCAUGGGCUGUAAAACAAUUCUAGAUGUUUCAAUAUACAUAGUGGACUAUACACACAUGUUUUAAUUUGAACUUGUUUUGUCAAAUACUCAUGUCCACAUUAGUAAAAGUGCUCAAUAGGUUUAAUGAACAGUCAUGCUGCAGCUAAUCUGUUGGUAUUUAGUUGGUAGUGAGUCUGGAGCAUCCAUAGUUUAUCAGGUCUAUGUCCUCAAAACAACAUUUUUUGUUCCUGUUAGGGACUGUAACCCACUAAAACCCAUUGACCUGCCCGAGUUAUCAGUCUAAACAAGUAGUAAAACUGGCGACUGAUUUUUCCAAAUUGUUGUUUCAUCUGUAAUUUAUGUUUAAUCCAAUAAAUCUUGAAUUACAUACCAUCCUGCUACAUAAUGAUAACCCAUAUUUUAGUUGACAUUUUAAACCAAAUAGUCCCUGCACAGUUUUUUCUGGUUGCUUAUUUUAUUAUCAGCAGUCAAUAUUUCAAGCAGUGAAGUUGAUUAGAAAGUGGUCUUGUUCGCUUCCUGAUUUUCAGAAAUAGUUGCCAAUACUGUAUUCGGUUGGAAUAUUGAAAGUUUUUACAACAACUUAAUCAGAGAUUCCAAAUAAAGUAGCUUGAUCCUUCAAAUUAAAAGCAAAUAAAUGGUUUUUCUGCUCUCUAAAACAUUUGUUUUGAAAUUUAUAGAGACAAAUCAUCAUCUCCAAAAUUUUGAAUGCAAAAUUAAUUGCUUACAACAGCUUGAAUUUUUUCAAAUUUAUAGAGAAAUUGUUUUUUUCUAGAUCAUUUAUAUAAUUGUAGUUUUAUUCAGGGACGCCAUAACAACCAAGGGGCAGGGGGGCAGGUUUGUGUAAAAUGACAAUUGAAAGAUAAUUCCCAACUUCUUCUAAUUCCUUCUACUAACUGCCAUUUUAUUUCUAUUAUCUGUAGGUAUCUUGAAAAUUGGCUAAUUUAUUGCAUAAGGAAUUAUCUUACGUUUUGAGGAUUGUCUUCAUGAAUUAAGCACUACAAUCAGAAUUUUAUAUGAAUCUCUCUGAUUAUUACAAUUGGCCAGUUUCAAGGGCACUUUAAUGAAAAAGGCUCUCUGGCCCCUCUUGCCCCUCUUUUCAAAAGGCAACAAGGGCCAUUGACCCCCUGCACACCCACUGUCCGGGGUCCCUGGUUUUAUUUCAUUUUACAAAGUAGAUUAAUAAGUGAUCAAGUUUACUAAGUUACUUUUCUCAGAUUGUCUAGAUUUAAUGACAUUUUAAACUUUUUAACCAUAGUACCAUUUUAAAAAUCCUAGCUCGUUUUCUGCUAACCAAUUUAACAGCAUUGAAUCUUUGUUUCGUCUUGUAUUUUCUAAUUCUCUCUCUCAAGCUAAUGUUAACUGAUAUGUUAUCAAAUCUGUCCAGUGGGGAGUACCAAGGGUCUAGGAAUUUUUUUUAAACCACACCAUUUUGUGGGCAGCAGUCUUGUGGUUUACAAUAUAAAACAUUUAGGUAAAAGUGAAAUUGCAAUUGUUUUGAAGAGAAAGUCCUUGUAUGUUGACUGUAAGAGUAUAAAACCGUCAGGAAGGAUAAAACGAGUAGAGCUGUUAGUAUGACGGUGUGGAGUUGGUACUGUGUAAAUGUAAAUUGUCAGGGCGGUAUAAUUUGAAAUUCUUGUCACCUUUUGGUGUCGGUAUCAUUUUGUGGGUUGUGACUAGGAAAUAUAACACCGGGAUUCGAAACCUCAGUCACAUGGUGUGGAUUACGUUUUCUUGGUGUUUGAACUUCGGCCAUUUCUAAAAAAAUAUAUCUUUGUUUGAAAAUUCUUAAAGAGCCCCUUCCUCUCUCAUCUCUAAACUCAUAUGAAUUUUUUGUGGCAUGUCCUGCAACGUUACUAUUAAAACCUCUUUGAAUAAUGCGCCAGUGGCAUUACAAAUGAAGUGGAGUACCCCGGAAGGACUACAUAUACAAUUUUCUACCACCAGAAAAGACGCCUUUACACCAGGUAGAGGCGAGGGGUGUAUCACUCUUUCCAAACAGCGUACGAGAUUUUUUAACGAUAGAAUUUUUAAGGAUUUUUCGGGGAUUUUUCUUGAAAACAAAGGAUUUUCGCCAAAGGCGUACGGAAAUCUUGUAAAGUGACAUGCCUCUUGGAUGUAGGAGUCAGAUUUGUCCUGACAGCGACUCUUGUUGUCUAUGUUCUUGUUGUUGUUGCGGUUUUUUGCUACAGUUUCAUGCGAGGGGCAGUUCACUCUUGCAAAUAGCUUACGAGAUUUUCCCUAAAACAAAAGGAUUUCUGGGGAUUUUCAGUUAAAACAAUAGGAUUUUCAUGAAAGGUGUACGAGAUUUUUUUGGAGUGAUUUGCCCCUCGGUUUCAUGUCUUGACUGUCGUCUCGUUUUGCUUGUUUGCGUGAAAUUUUCAAACGAAAACGAGGUAACAGACUGCCGACAAAGCCUCUUUUAAAGCAGGGAUUAUUUUCUCUGGAAAUCUUUCAAAAACUGUCAAUUUGUUUAUUGAUUAUCGUCUCAAUUGAGAUUUUGAGACGUAUAUUGAAGUAACGGUUUUGCAUAGUAUUUAAAAGUAUUAGUAAAUUAAUUGUUUCAUUAUAAAGAAAAUUCGUCCCAUAUGAAUACUCUUUUAUGGGUUUUUUUCGAAUUUGGUCAUUUUAAAUAAAGAAAAGAUUUGUUAUUCUUCUACCUCGAGACAUAUUCCAUUGUCAAUGACUCUAUAAAGUCUAAUUUUGAUGCAGGGGGUUGUGUUGUGGUAACCUCCUCGUUCAGAACAUUGUAAGUCAACGAGGUUAUCAGCUUGUGUCCUCAGGUUUCCGUUGUCUAGUUUUGAAUUUGUUUUUGUAUGUUUAAUUGAAAUUCGCUGACAUAGGCGUAGAUUUUUCGUUUUACUGGAAUGGUCAGGGGACGGCUUGCUUUUUUAAAAGUGGAGCAGAAUAAAUUUUGAAGAAAACAGCUUUCUAUGAUGAUCGAACAGAAUUCAAUAUGUGGUGUAUGUUGCAGCCAAAUUUUUGUACCGUUCGUUUUCAAAGAGAAUGGUAUACAAUGGUCUAUAUAUGACAUAUAAACACAUCUCUUUGAGAAAUAACAAAUUAUUUUUAAAACCUGUUUAUUCUCCCGAACUAUUACUUGCGACACUUACAGUGCUCUUAACAAAACAACCUGUUUUCAACUACUUAGCUGUAUGUGUCAGCUCUUUUCUUGCACCAACAUCCCUGACAGUGAGAUGUGUAAGUACUAUUUGUGAAAACGAAGCUCGUGGACCUUUCACAUCCAGACAAGGCUAUGUAGGAAGUAGUUACCCCCGUUUUAUGUCUGCGACAACGUCAUCGUGCCAAAUGUUGACGGUAGUCAGUCGUAUGGUUUAAAGUUGAGCGAAACGAGGAGUCUGACGAAUCUAUUUGUAUGUUAUCGUUUUUUACGGGCUCGAUAUGUGCAGCAAAGCUGUUUUUCAGCAUAAAUUUCGUUGCGAUUACGGAAGCACGGACAAAAAAAGUUCUUCAAAGAAAAAGGGAAUGCCAGAGCAAUGGGCAAAGUUGCUACAGAUUUCCAACAUCACUCCUACAGAACAGAAGAAGAACCCCCAGGCUGUAAUUGACGUCUUGAACUUCUUUGAUUCAUCAACAAACAAAGCAACAACCGAAGAAACAAAAUUCAUGACAGUUAACAAGCCUGGUACUGAUCUUAUUGGUGUACAAUACUCUGCUGAAGCAAAAAAUAGAUAUUAUGAAAAAGCAGAUAUACCUGGAGCUAAGCCACAUAACCAUGCAGUCGAUGACUCGAGUAAGGAUGUUCCACCGGCGGUGCCCUCACGGCCUGAACACACCAAAUCUAGGUAUAUUACCGCUGAGCAAAUCGCCGGAUCGCAAGGGAAGUCCUUUCCGCAACAACAGCAACAAGAAAAUGAAGCCAAGCAAAACCAACAACAAAUCAGGAAGAGGAAAAUGACAGACGAGGAGAUAAUGGCAAAACUUCGAACGAUAGUCAGUAUUGGUGAUCCCAAAAAGAAGUAUACAAAGUUCGAAAAAAUAGGACAAGGUGCUUCUGGAACAGUUUAUACGGCAAUAGAAAUAGCCACUGGUCAUGAGGUUGCAAUCAAGCAGAUGAAUUUGUCACAGCAACCUAAAAAAGAAUUAAUUAUUAAUGAAAUUUUGGUUAUGAGAGAAAACAAGCAUCCGAACAUUGUUAACUAUGUUGACAGCUACCUGGUAGGCGAGGAGCUUUGGGUUGUUAUGGAGUACCUUGCUGGUGGUUCUUUGACCGACGUUGUCACAGAAACAUGUAUGGACGAAGGACAGAUUUCUGCUGUUUGCAGAGAGUGCCUUCAAGCUCUGGAAUUCUUACAUGGCAACGGAGUUAUCCACAGGGAUAUCAAGAGUGACAACAUUUUACUCGGAAUGGAAGGAAGCGUCAAACUCACUGAUUUUGGCUUCUGUGCUACCAUUACCCCUGAACAGAACAAACGGACAACAAUGGUUGGCACACCUUACUGGAUGGCACCCGAGGUUGUCACGAGAAAGCAAUAUGGACCUAAAGUUGACAUUUGGAGUUUGGGUAUCAUGGCGAUUGAAAUGAUUGAGGGGGAGCCACCCUAUUUGAAUGAAAAUCCACUGAGGGCCUUGUAUCUGAUUGCGACAAAUGGCACACCAGAGCUCCAACACCCAGAGAGACUGUCGCCUGUUUUUAGGGACUUUCUACAACACACUCUAGAAAUGGAUGUCGAUAAAAGACCCACAGCCAGAGGCUUGCUAAAUCAUCCAUUCUUGAAACAAGCGAAGCCACUGGCAAGCCUCCAGCCCCUGAUAUUAGCAGCAAAGGAGGCGGCUGCACGUCACGGAUAAUUAAAAGUUGUAUAAAUAUUUUAGAAUAAAUUUGCAUAAUUGGUAUAUUUCAACCAAAGAAAGAAGAAUUACUCUGUAAUCAAAUGUGUAUGAAAUCAAGACAGACGAAAUUAUGACCAAUCUUAGACAAAAUUUUGGUUUUAAUUGACAGGUGUCGCAAAUAUCAGCUGGUCAUGUAGCAAAAUAUUGUGCGCAUUUCCUAACGGUAGCCAUCUUUUCAAUGUAAAACAAUGCGAUUAGCCGUUUGUAUGCGAGUCGUAGUGAACUGAACCAUUUCAGUCUUAGAUUGCCCUGGGUGAACCGACCCCAACGAAUCCAUUAGAUUUAGUUGGUUUGUAUUUUACGUGGAUUGGUAGCUAUCGACUUCUCUGUAUCAAAGAUUUCAAACCUAGGCCAAACUAGAAACAUAAAGCUAGCACCUACUGAGACAGUGAUAUCCACUCAACAUAUCCCACCGACAUAUUUGUAACAAUAAUACUUAAUAAACAUUCGCUAAACGUAGAUGUCUAUUAUAAAUCUUGUGUAUGUGGCUGUCGGUUUUGUAUCAAUCUUUCCCUUACAAAAUAGAUUUGAAUAUGUUUUUCCGCUUUUCUAUCAUCAUUUUCCCCGCAUUCAUCAUUACACCUAUUCAAUCACUGUUGUAAACAGUUUGUUGUUGACAAAUCUCUUAUCAAUAUCGCAAUGUGAAUCGCUUCAUCAGCGUAACAUUAUUUUGAUUAUUUUGAACUUUUUAAUGGUCUAUUUUUUCAUUCUGUUUCCUCAUAUAUGUAGAUCUUCUCUAACCAGGACUCGCCUGUGUAUCCAUUAUGUGUAGGAUUUACAUAAUAUUUUUUUACACUUGAGCGGUAAUUACUUGACGCCCUUCACGAUGCAUAUGUUUAACAGAGAAUUGUACGCAGAAAAUAAGUAGUCCAAACAUGUACUGUCUGUGUUAAACGUUUCUUAAAAAUAGGGCGCGAAAAAUAGCGGAUAGAUGUAACUUGAACCAACGUCUUUUUAUAGCACAGUUGUGACAGGUAGCAGAAAGGCUAUUUCGAAAGGUAUAAAAACAUGCUGAUAUUUUAUAUAUUCACGGCAUCUCCUCAACAAAUUGUACAUGGUUGUAGGUACGUUGGUACAUUGAGAAGCAAAUUUUUUCAUUAAACAAUGUAACCCCUCUCGAAUUUUCUUUCCUUUACCCCUUGCCCUGCGUCUUUCCACCUUUAAAUAAUACCCCCUAUGUUGACAUUUAACCCCCUUUAGUUUUAUUUCUAUUGACAGUCAGAGUAUCCUUCUUUGUUUUAAUUUUACUAUGAACUAUCUACUUCGAUCGAUUGCUAAAAUUUAUCGUAAGAUAUGUUUUAUUGAAUGUGACUUCAUGUGGUUGUUUUGAUAUAAUCUAGACCGUAGGCAUA